AUGCCCAACGCUCCUCACAUUGUAUCCAUCAAGCCUCGCGGUAAGCCCCGUGGUAUCCGUCGGGAUCGUGACUGUAUCACCUGCAAGUCGAGGAAUGUCAAAUGCGACCUUAAUCGUCCGGACUGUCUCCCUUGCAAGCUUGCAGGCCUAUCAUGUGGUGGCUACGCUCGUCGGGUCGUCUGGGUUUCCGACAACAAGCCAGGCACAAGACGCGUCCCAGGGCCUUCGAUAAAAGAAGAAGGGACUCGGUCGGAAAGCGCGACCAGAAUAUGGCUGCAUGAACAAGUCACUACUCGGUGUUCUGCACAGGAACAGCCUUUGUCAAGUGGUUUGAAGGAGAAAAGCUUUCUGCAGCAUCUUUUCUCCUUCUGUAACCGCAUUAACUCCGAGGCUCAGCAAUCACGAGAGAGUGGACAGAACUACAUCUCCUCAGAGACUAUCGACCUGGUUACCACUGUAUGCGACUUUGUCCAAACAUUAUCGUCUGCCAACGACUUUCUUAACAACGACUGUCCCGAGAGCGUUGAAGCGGCCGCCCACCAGUUGACCCUUCUUGUUUGCCUCAACAAGGCACUCCAGACUGCAAAUCCAUUUGCCAUUCUUGGGAUUGCAGCAUUUGCUGUAUUUGAAGUUUGCAAUGGCCCAUACGGGCAGUGGCAGCAUCAUAUCCGCGGGGCCAAGUCUCUCCUUGACCACCACUGCCGGAGCCGGGACGACCUGAACAAACUUUCGAAAUCCAUUCCUGGGCUGAUUGAUGUCGUUGCAAGGCUCGCAUGGUUCGAUCUAUGUGGUACGCUCACCAAAACGGACGGCUCAACGUUGAUUUUGGAUGACUGGCAUCAUAAUGUUUUUGACGACGACUUUUUUCGUAUGGUAGGAUGCCCGGCCGAUUGCUACAGAGUUCUUCAUAACAUAGCCAAAGGGAGUGCGCUAUCGAAUCCUCUGGGUACCACCAUCCAAGUCAUAAACCAAUUGUCCAAGGUUGGUCUCGACAACAGCGAUUACAGCCAUUGUGCAGAUACCCAUCGUUGUGCCGCUGCCAUCGCGGCUAUCACGCGGUUGAAAGACAGAGAUUCGGAGCCGUUCAAGCAACAGACAUUCGUUUCGGCUGUGGACCGAUUGUGUCUCGUCCUUGAUUCCAGCUCAGAGUCAAACCCUUACACCGUCUUCAUGUCACUACCAGCAUAUUUGGCUGGCAUGGAAGCGGCAACUCCUCAGCACUGUAAUACUCUCCGACGGUACUGGAAGAAUUGCACACUUGCCGGCGUGCAUCGGUACCCCGGGGCAUUAGAGGGAUGCGAAGCUGUGUGGAGAAAGAAAGGACUCGUCUAG